ACGAAUCUAUCGAUACAUACGCAUUUGCAUUUGAAGAAUAUAUAUCAAUGUGAGUUGGUGAUGGAUCGUCUUUACAAGUUCCUGGUUCUUUUGACGGCUGUAGCUCACAUAUCCCCUGAACCGAUUAUUAAUGAUUGCGGUUCAACGGCUGUGGUGAACAGUGUCACCGUAAGUGGAUGCGCUGAUUCGAUGAAUUUUUGCCCAUUAGUUCGAGGUACCGAUGCCAACGUAACAAUUGCAUUCACAUCCAAUUCCGAAGCCAAGAUUCUUGAAGCCAUUGUCACUAGUGCAUCAUUUGGUGUUUCUCUGCCAAUUCCUGUUCCUGAACAAGAUGUCUGCAAGAGUGGAAUUUCUUGUCCACUGCAUAAGGGACAGUUAUAUACCUACAUGAGUCAGCUAGAGGUUAAGAAAAGCUAUCCGCUGACACGCAUCCUUGUCGUUUGGAAGCUUAUAGAUGGUAAUGGCAAUGAUUUGGUAUGCGUGGAGAUACCAUGUGAAAUAAAAAAACCCUUGCAUCAAUGAUUAAUCUCCUGCAUUGACCAUAAUAUAUAUGGGCUCUUACAAAAUUAUCGACUUAGGUUAUCUCGUUUGAAAUUCACAAGAAUCAGUUCUCACUUUUACAAGAUUCAAUUCGGUUUAUAAUUUUUUAGCAUCUUUUUUGUUAUUAAAUUUAAAAGCUGUUUUAAUAACUCUAGUCUAAUAGCUGGAUAUUUGAAGCUAUAUUUUCAGGAAGGAACACUAAUGUUUUCCAGACAGAGAUUAGAGGCGUGUAUUCUGAACAGUUAAUAGCUAUUUUUUUCAUUUAUCAUUUCGCUGUGCCAUUUCAAAAGAAAAUCAGUAAAAAUGCUAUCUAUCAUUCGUGAGUUCAUAGGGUCAGCUAGAGGUAAAUUCUUGACUUCUUUCAAGCAUCGAGAUUUUCUGCUUCUGUCAGGUACUAGGACUGCCUUAUUUGUUGAGAUUUUAUUAAAACUUAAUAACACAGUA